ACAUUUGUAUAUGGCAGAUAACAUCUCACUGGUUGUUGGUGGACCUUUACUGAGGCAGAUCAACGACAAGGUCAUUAUUGUGCAGAUCCUGGUAAUGAUUUUUCUUUGCGUUAACUUUUCGCUUAUUGUGACCUUUUUAAAAAAAGAGAUCUUACACACAACUGCACGCUACAUCUUAUUUGCUGUUACACUGUUUUCUGAUAGCUUUCUAUUAUUCAUGUCUGAUAUCCUGCUCAUCUUCAACUAUUUUGAAAUCACCAUGUAUGUUUGGUCAUGUAUCAUCAUCUCAGUUUUAGCCCUUCUAUAUAAUAUGCUCACCCCCGUUACUUUGACGGCAAUGACCCUGGAACGCUACGUGGCUAUUUGCAUGCCCCUGCGUCAUGGAGAGCUGUGCUCCUCUCGCAGCACUAUGCGUUGCAUCCUCAUCAUUCACGCUGUCAGCUCUGUGCCCUCUAUUGUUAUUCUCUCGAUCUUCUUUGCAUCAGCCUCUCUUAGCUCUUACACACAAUACUGUAUAUGCUCUGCUGAGUUGUUGAUGUUUCCCAGAUGGCAGGAUCACAUUAGGGCAACUUUGUAUCAGUUUUACUUCAUAAUUAUGUUUAUAACUAUUAUAUUCUGCUAUGUUAAAAUAAUGAAAGUGGCCAAAGCUGCAUCAGGAGAGAAUAGAAUGUCAAAAUGGAAAGGGCUCAGAACGGUUAGUUUUCAUGGUUUCCAGCUGCUGCUCUGUCUCAUCCAGCUGUGGUGUCCCUUCAUAGAAACUGCUUUACUUCAGAUUAGUUUAAGAUUAUUUGCAAAUGUCAGGUACACUAACUACAUACUGUUUAGUCUUGCUCCAAGAUGUCUGAGUCCUCUGAUUUAUGGCCUCAGGGAUGAAACAUUUUCUCUAGCUCUGAAAAACUUGAUCUUCUUCAGUUUGUAUAAGAAAAAGUUGAGAAGGUAG